UAGUAGUCGGUCUCCUUUUCCCACCCUGGUUCCAUUCAUGUCUGAGGGCAGGAGCGGCAGAAAGAAAUCAACUUCUCUGGGCGCGCCCGAAGAGGGGGAGAACAGCCCAAAAGUGCCAGGCUGAGAGGGUCGCUGCUCUCGCUACGACUGCCUCGGGGGCGACUCGACCCUGGGGUGAAGGAGGGACCACGGGGCUGGCGGGGGACGAAGCGUGUGCGCGCCUCACCCUGCUCCUGCCGCCGCCGCCAGCCCCAGCCUCCUCCUGCCCGCCACCCCCACCCCGUAGGCGCCCCCCUCCUCUUAUGCCCGGCUGUGCCAAGCGAUGACUCUGAGCUCGGAGAUGUCCGAUGCCGCCUCCGUGCUGGCCGAAGAGACAGACAUCGACGUGGUCGGAGAGGAGGAGGACGACGACGACGAGGGGGACGACGACGAGGAGCCCCUGCACCAGAGGCCUUACGUGGAGGAGGAGGAGGAAGAGGAAGAUGAGGAGGCGAUCUCGCUGGCCAGCUCCGCCGGGUCGCGGGUGCCAGGAGGGUCCCCCGGAUCCGGAUCGACCUCGUCUUCUUCCUCUUCCUCCUCUUCCUCCUCUUCCUCCCAGCAGGGCUCCUUCAGAGCGUCGGGAGGCGGCGGCGGCGGAGGCGGCAAGAACAGCCUGGUGAAGCCGCCCUACUCCUACAUCGCCCUCAUCACCAUGGCCAUCCUGCAGAGCCCCAAGAAGCGGCUGACGCUGAGCGAGAUCUGCGAGUUCAUCAGCGCCCGCUUCCCUUACUACCGCGAGAAGUUCCCUGCCUGGCAGAACUCCAUCCGCCACAACCUGUCGCUCAACGACUGCUUCGUCAAGAUCCCCCGCGAGCCGGGCAACCCGGGCAAGGGCAACUACUGGACGCUGGAUCCGGAGUCGGCCGACAUGUUCGACAACGGCAGCUUCCUGCGCCGCAGGAAGCGUUUCAAGCGGCAGCAGCUCCAAGCGCCAGACUUGCUCCUGAGGGGGCUCGAACCCGCCGUCUUCCUGCAAGCGGCGCAGCAGCAGCAGCAGCAGCAGCACCCGCCGGCCCACCAGCACCAGCCGCAGCACCCAGCGCCUCCGCCGCUUCCGUUCGCGUACGGGCCUUACAGUUGCGGCUACGGCCUCCAGCUCCAGCCUUACCAAGCUCACUCGCAUCUCUUCGCCUUCCAGCCCCAGGCCAGGCAGCCUCCUCCCGGGCAUGUCCUGCCGGCCGCCCCGCCUUCCCUCCUGCCGCCUCCGGCUGGCGCUGAUCUGGCCAGGACUACGAGCUUCAGCUACCCAGCCCAGCUCAGCUCGUCUCUGACGACCUCCUUGCACGCGGCGGCUGCCAAGACCAGCGCGGCCCUGGCUAGGUCCCCUUUCUCCAUCGAGAGCAUCAUCGGGGGCAGCUUGAGCCCAGAGGCCGGGAGCAGCUGCGCGUCCCAGUCGGCUGUCCUCCCGGUCCUGGCGAGAUCCCUGAUGGCCUCUUCACCUUCUCUGGCGUCUCCCUCGUCUUCCUCUGCUGCUGCUGCUGCUGCUACUGUCGCUGCUACCGCCUCGUUAGAGACUCUGCACCAAGGGGCAGCCUUGGCCAAUGUCGAGAACUAUACGGCUAGGAUUUCCAAUUGCUAAAACUGUCUUGCCGAAGGUAGGAUCUCUGAGCUGUUUUGUUGCUUUUUGCAAGGAAUGCAAAGAGGACCUUUUCCCUAGACACGUGUCCUUGUUUGUUCGCUUGUCUUUCGGCCCUUCCGGCUUGAUCUUCUUCAGUACCUCUAUUUAUGCAAAGCCAUUUCUGUAUGCUGCAUCGAAAGAAAGAUGGAUGGCAGAGAAGUGGUCCUUAAUUCUUUCCUUUAAAAACGCACACGCACACAAAGAAAAAUUAAAUAAAUCAAUAACAUCAUUCCACUGCAGAGAUCCCCGGGUCCGGGAUUAAACAACAACUAACUACAAGUUCCACGUAUAUACCCAAAAACCAUGACUAGGAGUGAGGAAAAACAAACAAAAAGAAGCUUGACCCUUUUUCUUUCAUUGUAGUUCACUUCUCUUAUGUACUUUUAUGUAUAUGAAAAGAUUAACAUGUUUACACAGAAGAGUGGAGAUGAUCAGUUUUUAUUUUAACCUGUGUUUGUUUUGUAUCCAGUAGGUUUAUGGGUUUUUUCCUUUUCUUUUGUACUUUAUGCAUAUUCUUUACCAGGAAUAUUGUUAAGAUUACUGGAAAGUAUUAUUGUACCAUUCUAAUUGUAAACAAAGAAACCACUUUUUUUUUACACAUUUUUGAAAAUAAAGCAAUUAAUUUUCAACAAAAUAAAUACCACAAUUGGCUUUAGGCCUUCAGAUCUUUAGUGAUUUCCCCUGUGAACUUUUUACCUUUCAUUCUGAUCCUAGGAAUAGGUGUUUUUUUUAAUUUAUUCCAGGGUAGAUGAACAAUCUAUGGUUGCAAAGAAAGAGCACAAACUGUUUUAUCCGCCAAAUACUAACUUUGCAAAAUUAUCCAAUCUAGCAAUAAUGAAAACCCUGCAAUUAUGUUGGACCCCAUGGUACUCAAUGGGACUAGCACCCCAGACAUGCAGGUUCACUAGGACGAAAGUUUCCCUUUGUUUUCUGUUGGACUUCUUAAAUAGGUACUCAGGAUCACGGCCAUUUUGAAAAUACUCUUGGGGAAGUUCAGUUGGAAUAAAGGAGACUUGCUUUCUAGCUAAGUAUCACUCCAAUCGGCUUAAUUUUUGGACCGUAUUUAAGCUGCACUCACUCGUGGAUCCUGGCUUAGAAACUGCUAUGUUAUACCAAACGGUGAAAAUAUAAUUUUAAAGACUUCCUAAAUAAAAAUUCAUUGGUAAACCAGAGUAAAGACUAACCAAAGAAAAGGAAGCAACUCUUUUGGUGUUGGAUUAUUUCAGCCUUCUA